GCAGUGCACAGGAAGAAAGAUGAGCAUGGUCAAAGCCAUGGCGUGGCAGUGCCAGCGCAAACUCAGCCACGAAAAGGCUAAUUUCCGAUUAUUUAUUUAUUUUAUUGAAUCGAAUUGAAUUUCCAACGGAGCGGCGGCGGAAGCAGGCAAAGGAAAGACAGAAUCAAAUCAAAUACUCAAAACACGGUCGAACUCUCGGUACAGCUGCUGUUGUGCGCGCCCAUGACCAAGCCGUGUGGAUUACAUCAAGACAGCGUGUAUGUAUGCCAAGCAGAAGCAGAAGCAGAACAAGACAGGCGCGUCAGUAGGGCGUACCAAACAACGAAUGGAACGCGCCAUUGCUCGAGAGAGCGCGUGGAGCAGAAAAAGAGAAGACGGAUGGCUAUGGCGCGAGAGGGACGGCAGCCGUAGCGGGGCCCUCACACACCCCAGGCAGUCAAGGGGGUUUUAGUGUGUAGAGUUUACAGCGAACACACACACACACACAGAGAGAGAGACGGCCGGACAAAGACGAUUGAGGGCGUCGGAAUGGACUCAAUGAAAUG